AUGCUACAAGCUAAAAAUAAUUCAUACGUGAAUCAAACAAUAUGGAUUAAUCAUACAUUAUCAUCUUUUAAUAAUUUUUCACUCUUCGCGUUACUUAAUUUUUCGUUUCUACUAACAGUGAAUCGUUUUGUGGUGAUAAUUUUACCGAAGUGCAAUAUACUUUUCGAAUCAGCAAAAUUAUAUUUCUUAAUUAUUUUUAUAUGGCUGCUAACAUUGGCAUUUUCAACUAUUGACUAUUAUUUCUGCAUCAGAAGUUUUCACGUCUCGGACUUGCACUGGAUAAGAGAUUGCACAAAACGGCCAAAGUCAAUAUUUACAAGUAUUCAUUACAUAUGGUCAUCAGUGUCACCCAUUGUAAUGUUUAUUAUGUACAUUGCAAUGUUCUAUAAUAUACGUCGUAAACGUCAGCCUAUAUUAAAGAUUCAGCAUAAUCAAAAUAGCUCAAUGUCAAUCAAACGUAAACUGAAUAUGGCAAGAAAUAAUAUUUAUGAGCGAUCCAUGCUAGUUCAAGCAGCACUGACCUGUGGCGUAUUUGAAAUCAAGCUUAUUAUUGUUUAUCUUUUGCCACCGCUUAUAAUUAAAAUAUUUGGUGAAGGAGCUCAUAUUCCAUUAAGAAUUUUCAUUAAUUGUUAUAUUAUUUUCAUUUAUGCUGCAUUACCCACUAUUUAUUUCCUCUGCAACAAUCGAGCUCGUAGAAUUUUAAAACAUCAUUUCUUCCAGUUAAGACAUCAACAUUUAAACGAUCAAUUCGUGGAGUUAAAAGAUCAGCAUUUCAAAGAUCAACAUGUCAAAAAAAAAUAUAAUCAUUGUUUAAAUCUAUGA